CCUGCACAGCAGUGUCGCGCACCACUCUUCCCAUUGGACGGUAGCGACCAAUAAGAGUGGGGCUUGUCCCGCGGUUUCUACGUCACGUCUGGGGUCGCGGAGGUUCCCAGGCACUGAGGGAUUUGGACCAGGUGUGCGAAAUGGGAGCGUGUGAUGUUCCUUUACCUGCGUCACGUCGGUGACUUUAGAGUGGCCUUAAACAGCUCGUUGAGGACUCACAAGUGGCAAAGCAACGGCAUCUCUUUGCUUGAUCUCAGGUGGCGGCGUCUCCGUCCCUUCCUGUUGACCAGUGAACAGCUCUCGUGGAAUUUAACUUCAAGUGACCUUGAGGUCAGGGGGACGUGCAGUUUGCAAUAGUUCCUGGGUGCAGGAACUUUUGAGAAUUUCCGUAUAAGGAAAAACUGUCCAUGUUCUGAUUGACAUCAGUGAAAUACCACGACCGAAAUACUUCUGCAUUAGUCAGCCAGCCAUACAUUUAAUGACUUCUAGAAUCUCAUGGACUUCUGAAGUAAAUUUCACCUUCUUUUUUUCAGUAUUAACACACCAUUUUUGGUUUAGCGCAUUUAAAGGAAGGAAACCACAGUAGCCUUGCAUGAAAGGGAAGCACCAUGGCCUGUGUCGGUAUCUUGGCUCCUGGGUUGGUGGGAGGCGCUGUGGGAGCCGUUUGCACUCGGGCUGUUUCAUCAAGGCUGACACCCAGUACUGUGCGCCACCUUACCCUGAGCAGCACAAUGAAAUCCAACAGGAAAACUGACCACUUAGAGAGGACUGCAAGUGUCGUUCGACGAGAGGUUGUGGCAGCAGCUAAGGUGUGUGGAGCUGCCAGUGAGUCACCGUUGGUGAAGAGCCUCCGCUUGCUUAUUGCUGAUAAAGAUUUUUCCUUUAAAGCUGGCCAGUGGAUUGAUUUCUUCAUCCCAGGAGUCUCUGUGGUUGGUGGGUUUUCAAUAUGCUCCAGUCCCAGACUGCUAGAAAAAGAGAGGAUGAUAGAAUUGGCAGUGAAAUAUGCAAACCACCCUCCUGCUCUCUGGAUUCACAAUGAGUGUGCACUUGACGCUGAAGUGGCUGUGAGAGUGGGUGGAGAGUUCUUCUUUGACCCUCAGCCCACAGAUCCCCCCAGAAACCUCGUGUUGAUUGCAGGAGGAGUCGGAAUUAACCCCCUGCUUUCCAUCCUGAAGUACUCAGCAGAUCUUCACCGAGAGUGGGCAAACAAAAGAAGUGGAUGUGAGAUAGGAACAAUAAAACUAUUCUACAGUGCAAAGAAUACUAGCGAACUCUUGUUUAAGGAAAAUAUCCUUGAUUUAGUAAAUGAAUUUCCUGAGAAGAUUGCAUGCAGUUUGCAUGUUACAAAACAGACUACACAAAUCAGUGCAGAACUUAGGCCAUACAUCACAGAAGGAAGAAUAACGGAGGAGCAGAUAAAAGAUCAUAUUUCAAAUGAGACUUUAUUCUAUAUUUGUGGUCCACCUCCAAUGACGGACUUUUUCUCCAAGCAACUAGAAAACAACCAUGUUCCCAGAGAACACAUUUGCUUUGAGAAGUGGUGGUAGGGAGCGGGCAGAGGCAUAAAGAAGACAUGAGACCCACUCAAGAGAGUAAGAGGUAUUUUAUAUCAUUUGUGAUGAGGUGGAUUUACCUCCACCUGAGUUGUUUUAGUUUUUUGAAAGCUGUGAACUAAGUGACCAGCUGGAGGAUAAAAUAAAAGCUAGCUAACAGACUCAAAGGAUAAGCUUUCUGUAAAGACCUCCUUGAUCAA